GGCCCCCCAGUUCUUCCUGCGCUGUGUGUCCCCCAGCCGCCGGCACGGCCCCGCCGCCGCUCCCCCGGUGGUGGCCCACGGCCCCCCGGCUGCCGGACUUCAAGCUGGAGUCGCUGAAGCGCUGGAACGAGGAACAGCGUGGUGUGUGGUGUGAAAAGGGGGUGCAGGGGCUGCUGACCACGGUGGGCGCCUUCGCCGCCUUCGGCCUCAUGACCAUUGCCAUCAGCACCGACUACUGGCUCUACACGCGGGCCUUCAUCUGCAACACCACCAACCUCACAGCCGAUGAGCCCUCGAGGGGACCUGGGGCCAGCGACAAGAAGGACCCCGGCGGCCUCACGCACUCGGGCCUCUGGAGAAUCUGCUGCCUGGAAGGGCUGAAACGAGGCGUCUGCGUGAAGAUCAACCACUUCCCGGAGGACACCGACUACGACCACGACAGCGCCGAGUACCUGCUCCGCGUCGUCCGGGCCUCCAGCAUCUUCCCCAUCCUCAGCGCCAUCCUGCUGCUGCUGGGCGGGGUGUGCGUGGCCGCCUCGCGGGUCUACAAGGCCAAGAGGAACAUCAUCCUGGGCGCCGGGAUCCUGUUCGUGGCGGCAGGUCUGAGCAACAUCAUCGGGGUGAUCGUGUACAUCUCGGCCAACGCGGGCGAGCCGGGCCCGAAGCGCGACGACGAGAAGAAGGGCCACUACUCCUACGGCUGGUCCUUCUACUUCGGGGGGCUGUCCUUCAUCCUGGCCGAGGUCAUCGGCGUGCUGGCCGUCAACAUCUAUAUCGAGCGGAGCCGCGAGGCGCACGGCGGGGCUUCGCGCGGGGACCCCCUCAAGGCCGGCGGCGGGGGCGCGGGGGGCAGCGGCCCCUCGGCCAUCCUCCGGCUGCCCAGCUACCGUCUCCGCUACCGCCGUCGCUCCCGGUCCAGCUCCCGCUCCAGCGAGCCCCCGGCCUCCCGGGACGCGUCCCCGCCGGGCACGGGGGGCGCGGGGGGCUUCGCGUCCACGGACAUCUCCAUGUACACGCUGAGCCGCGACGCGUCCAAGGGCAGCGUGGCGGCGGUGGCCGGCACCCCGGGGGGCUCGGGGGGCUUCCUCACGCUGCACAACGCCUUCCCCAAGGAGGCCACCCCGGGGGGUGUCACGGUGACCGUCACGGGGCCCCCCUCGGCGCCCCCUGCCGCGCCCCCGGCCGUGGCACCCGCGCCCCCCGUGGCACCCGCGCCCGGGACCCUCUCCAAGGACGCGGCCGCCGCAUCCAACACCAACACGCUCAACAGGAAGACCACGCCGGUGUAG